AUGGCUGCCCAAAAUCAAUUAUUAGAUGCUGAUCAGAUUCCAGCCAUCUUUCGUGAUGACCACAUUAUCCGAGGAUACAGGAAACCUGGCUUGACAGUCAUACAAUGCAUCAAGAGCAUGUUGCAGAUGAAUAACGAGACAGUGAAUUUUUGGACUCAUAUGAUCCCUUUUCUCUACUUUCUAAUACGUUUCUAUACUAUCGAUCAGCAAUAUCAGCUUGUAGAGGAUCCUUUCUACUGGCCUUUACUAUGCUAUAUCGUGGGUAGUAGCUAUCCACUCUUUAGUUGUAUUGCCCAUGCCUUGAACUGUAUGUCGGAAAGUGCACGACAUAUUUGUUUCUUUCUCGAUUAUGCCAGCAUUAGCUUGUAUUCAUUUACAUGUGCUAUUGCUUAUUUCUAUUAUCUUCGUCCAGUCACCUUUUUCACCAUGGAUUGGUAUAUUACUCUUUCCAGUAUGAUGGCUAUUUGUUGUUGUUUAACAUCGUGUAUUUCUCGAUUAUAUGCCCAUACUUCACGACCUUACAUAUACCGAACACUGGCUUUCGCAUUGCAAUGGGUAUACGUCAACUCAAUGCUGGCUUAUAGGAUUUUUUCAUGUCAUCAUCAUCAAUGUCGUUUAACAUCCGAUUACUAUCAUACCAUGCAAUUUGUAAUGGCUAUAUUGGUCGCUAUCUUCAUGACAAGUAAAUUUCCAGAAUGCGUUUGGCCUACUUCCUUUGAUAUAUGUGGUCAGAGCCAUCAUUGGUUUCAUAUUUUUGUAUGUGUUGGACAUCGUUAUCAAUUGGAUGGAAUUUUAAACGAUAUCCAACAGCGACAACAUGUUAUUCGUCUUAUUAAACCGACAUUUUCAUCUACUUUAGGAGUUUUAUUUGUAGUAAUAGCUUGCAACUCCAUCAUUGUGAUCUAUUUUAGUUAUUUGAUAAUUCGGAGAUCCAAUCGUGCUAAGCAAGUAAAAUCGACGUAA